AACCACCGAGUCGCAAUUUCCGGUCAUUUCGGUCUGGUCAGCCAGCCAGAGCCAAAGCUUCAGCUGGCUGGUUUGUUGAACCGCCUCCUUUCUUCUCGCCCUUCUUCACCAACCCGCCUCCGUCUCUCCUGACUCACACCCACUUUCCUCGGAUUUUCUCGUUCUUUCCCCCAAGCAAUCUUUCCUUCCUUCUCCGUUUCUCUUCCAAUUCAAAGCUCAGUCAGUCAGCCGGCGACUAUCUUCAAGAACAAAGAACACUGUGUCGGUUUCUCUAAAAAACCCUAACAUGUCCUCCUCCUACUACGCUCCAGUCCCAACGCUUCCCUCCUCUUCUCCUUCCAUCGCCUCUAUUCCCUCCCUCCACUUCCGACGCUCUUUCGCUUCGCUUACCGCCGGCAAAGCUUCUUCAAGACUCUCGAUUGACCUUCUUCCCCCCAACAGCCUGCCCCUUGGUCUCCCUUAUCUCUGCCGCAGGACUCCUUUGACCUCCAUCGUCGCCUCCGCCGCUUCUCGGGAAGAAUCGGCGCACCCUGAUUUCGAAGUGGAGAAGAAUGACGAUGAUCUCGACACCAGGAAUCAAGAGUCGCAGGAAGCUUGGAAGAAGGCUCUUGAAUCGUUCAAGGAACAGGCCAUACACAUGAAAGGUAUAUCUCAGGAAGCUUACGAAGUCUACUCCAAGAAGGCCAUGGUCAUUCUGGGAGAGACUUCAGAGCAGCUCAAAAUCCAAGCUGAGAGGGCAAGGAAAGAUUUGAAUUCUUUGGCUAAGGAGGUUAAUGAAGCUGCCGAGAACUCUCCUGAAGGUGUUAGGGAUAUUCUGGAGACUAUCAGCUCAUCUACUGAUGUCAAAGAUAUCUCUGAGCUCAAGGAUUACCACGUUGGGAUAGGAUAUGGCUCCCUUGUGUUUCUUGGUGGGUUUGCUGCGUUCAUGUUGGUUGGGAGCAUUUCUGCUGUUAGGUUCGGUGUGAUUCUUGGUGGUGCUCUUUUGGCGCUUGGAAUAGCAAGUCGAAGAGCACAAAACAAUGGGGAGGCAUAUGAUUUGCCCUUGAAAGGACAGACAGCAAUUGCGGCUGUAAUUUUCCUUAGGAAGAUCACUUUGCUGUUUCAGAGAGGUUCUCUUUUCCAAUUCAUUUCGGCUGUCAUCAGUACUGCUGUGCUUGCGUUUUACUGCUAUAGGAUUGGUACGCAGAAGGGUAUGGAUGGCAGGAGCACCAACUGGGGAACACCUGCAGAAGAGUAAUGCCUUUCUUUGAUGCCAGCGUGAGAGAUAUGUCUAAGCUGUCAGUCUGUUAUGAGCGAAAAAUUCAAAUUUGGACUUCCACACGACGUUGCAACUGAUGAAGCUCGCUUUGUACGAGGUGGAAGGUAGUGUAUGUUAGUUAGGCUCGGGCAGUAGCCUGGGGACGUUGCUUCCCAGUUCUGGAGAGCAUUCGUAAUGCAAAAUGCAGGGUGUUCUUGUUGUCUUUUCGAGCUGUAUCAUGAUAGCAAGUCCGAUAUGGACCAACAAGGUUCCACAGUGAUACUUAAGGGUGUUUUUGGCUUUGAAAUGUCUGAUUUGUUUUUGCCCAUUAAUGUUUUUAGAAUGAUAGAGCGUAUGGCCAGCCUGUUAGACGCUAAUUAGUGAAUUGAAAAUGGCUGUGGUCUUUUCUUCUUUCAUUUCGAGGUAUUUUUUCUAUGUAUUAAUGGGUUUUGUUAAUAGAGCAAGUAGCCUGUACAUUUAUGC